UCGAGUCCGCUCGCGUUUGAUGGGAGAUAUCGACUGUUCCUUCUGGGUGCGACCGUUUCAAGUCAUGGAGUGGAGCAGCGAGGCAUCCUUAGCCCUCAUCGACGAGUACAAGAGACACCCCGUGCUGUGGGAUUCGAGGCACCAGUCUUACUCCUCCAAGGUCCAGAAACAGGAGGCAUGGGAGGACAUCGCCCUCAAUAUGCAGAUGGACCUGCUGGAAGUCAAGCAGAAGAUGAACAGCCUGCUGGGGUCCUUCCGCAGGGAGAAGUCGAGGAUGAGGAGGGUUAAGGAAGGCUCCAGCGUCUACUGUUCCAAGUGGUUUGCUUUUGAAAAAAUGCAAUUUUUGCUCCGGGAAGACGAAACCGACAGUUUGGGCAUUAAACUCGAAGACGAAGAAGACUCCAUCUUCGACGAGCUGAGGUUCCCCUUAAAUGAACCUCAGGAGACUGUUCCAAGCGAUAAAAGGGCCUCCACAGGAUACGCUUCACCUUUGAGAAGGGCCAAGAAGCUUUUGAAACCCGUACCAGCGGACCCGGUGAUUGAAGACCUAUCCAUUUUUCCACAGGACGAGUAUGCUGCUUUUGGUAAUUACAUAGCCUGCAAACUAAGGAAGUUCGACCCCAGAUCCAGAGCUUUCGUGGAGCAUGCUAUAAACAACAUUCUUUUUGAGGCGGAUAUGGGGAAAUAUGACAAUAUGCCGACGCCCAGUCAAGAAGCUUUAGCUUCUUUGAAUGACAUUGCUAAUAAUUAGUAAUGUUUUGACGUCUUAUUAGAAGUAGGGAAUAAUAUAAGCAGGAUUUAGCGUUAGUUUUAAUGAAAUUUAUUAAUCUGUAUUCUUAACACGUAGAAAUUUAAGAAUAAACAU